GAGUGGAAGGCAAAGCGGUUGUUGGAAGUGUUUUUGGGUUCCCCAGACCUCCAGUUAGAAAAGGCUCCUUGUGUUUUUUUGGAUGACUUUUGAGUUGUGAGACAAAUGCAAACUGACUCGUUAAUAAACGGAAAGGAGUGUGGAUGUGCACUUACAUCUUGCGUUCACCCAUCUUGAGUUUCCCUCACGCCGAAAAGGCCUCGUCUGUUGACAGACCUUCAUCCUGGCAACGACGUCAGCAAGUGUGUCUGACUUCCCGGAGGCGGGGACCACAGCGGUAACAACCAAUCAGAAGGCUGGUUGGAGCGCAUGAGGAGCUGGAUGAUAUAAGUACAGCAAAGCGCGUCUGCGGCUUGUCAGUACAGAGGAAACAGAAGAAAAGCUCAGUUUCAGAGCAGAAAAGACUCUCCUACACACGAGUGGAAUCAAAACAUCUGAAUUAGUCACUGGACUCCGCUUUGAAUUCAACUAAAGACACAAAUCGACGACUUGGUACAGUACAGUUCCACUAUUUUGGAAGUUUUGCUCUGUUUUUGAUAGCUUUGGUCUUCAGUAUAAUAAUACAGCGGGACUUUGUGCUGGAGAUUGAGUCAAUUGGGACACUAAAGCCUCGGUGUCCACGCAGCAUCUUUGCAGCGCACUCUUGUAUUUGACUUGUAUUUUGAAAUAUGUCCACAAUAAUGGAACAACCUUUUUAUGACGACUCGUUUCUCUCUGCUUAUGGCCAUCCAGGCGCAGCCCUGCCAGACUACAAGCUGCUAAAGCAGAAUAUGAACUUGAACUUCUCCGAUUCAUAUCGAAACUCAAACUUCAAGCCACAGCACCUGCGUGCCGAUAGUGAUUUCUAUUCGGCCGGGGCGACGGACGUGGGCUCAUUGAAGCUCGCCUCUCCGGAACUGGAGCGACUGAUCAUCCAGAACAGCAACGGGGUCAUCACUACGACGCCGACACCUACACAGUUCUUCUACAACCGCGGGAUCACAGAGGAGCAGGAAGGCUUCGCUGAAGGUUUUGUUAAAGCGCUGGACGACCUCCACAAGAUGAACCAGAUGGCUCCUCCAAACGUGUCCAUCGGCGGCGUUGCCUGUGGUGUCCCCGGUGGGGUUGUGUGCUCGGCUCCAGCCUCGGUAUUCGGCUCAUCCAUGCAGCAUGAAGCGCUCGAGUACACCACCCUGAGCAGCUGCGCCACGAACCCCGGGCUGUCAUCUGCGGCCAGCUAUCCCUCCACCACCAUCAGCUACCUGCCGCACCACCAGUACCACCAGCAUCCCCAAGCCAUUGCGCACGGGUCCCACCAUUUCCAGCACUCGCUGGCCAGUGUGGGCAUCCACUCGCAGCGGUUCGGCGGGUUGAAAGAGGAGCCUCAGACGGUCCCGGACAUGCUGAGCAGCGACGGGUCUCCGCCGAUGUCCCCCAUCGAUUUGGAGAACCAGGACCGCAUGAAAACUGAGCGCAAGCGGCUGAGGAACCGGCUCGCAGCGUCAAAGUGUCGGAGGCGCAAACUGGAGCGCAUCUCUCGUCUGGAAGACAAGGUGAAAGUGCUGAAAACGGACAACGCCGGGCUGUCAAACACGGCGUCUGUGCUGCGGGACCAGGUGGCCCAACUCAAACAGAAAGUCAUGACACAUGUGAGCAGUGGCUGCCAGCUCAUGUUGGCGCCCAAAGUGAAGUCUUAUUGAAGAAACAAUGCACUUUUUAAAACACUGGACAAGAACUGCACUGACAAUACAAUGGACAUUGACUUUAUACAUUGUCUGUACGAGAGAACUGGACCAAUGUGGUUUCUACGGCUGAAAGAGGCGCAGCAGAAAUCAUACAAGACUAAAACACUUAGGGCAUUUUUUAAUACGUUUUUAAAAGUGUCGUCUUGGCUUUGCCUGUUUACAUUUUACUUUAAUUACGAUCUGUGAUACAUUCAUAUGUAAGUUAUUUGUGUUCGUCGGGUUGACCCGGAUGAGCCUGUUUUUUUUUUUUUACUUGUACAGUAUAUAUUUAAGUAAAUGAAAUUAUGAAACUAA